CUGUUUUAUAUAAUUAAAAUGUUUAGAAGAAUAAAAAAAGAACAACCUACUACCAGUAUCAAUUUUAGUAUUGAUCAAGUCAUCAAUCAAGAAGAUGAAAUUGAUGAAUUUCUCCCUAAGCCACAUUCCAGUUCUCAUCUUUCAUCCAUAUUCGAUGACCCGCCAAUUGCUCAAUUGGCCUCAAGCCGGACAUCUCUCAACUACGUUCCUCCUCGGCAACCCAAUGAAGCCUCCUCAGCUGCGACUGAUAGUCUCAGCGGUGCUGGUCUCAGCAACCCUGGAGUCACUGAUUCUAAUCCUGUCUUGCUUGCUGUUAAAGUCGAAGUCACUCUGAUCCACAAUUCUACUGAUCGAAAUGAACAAAUUGGUGCUGUUGUGAGCUGUGUGCUGUCUCCCAAACAGAACAAUUCUCCAUGUGUGUGGCUUCUGUAUCAAAACCCUAAAAACCCAAUUGCUAAGAUUCUUGUCGAUAAAACCUUACAGCUGUCUGUAAUAAGCCAUGACAGUCUGCAAGUGUUUGAUGCGCUGAGGCAAAAAUGGUGGUUACUUAAGACAGCUCCAGAACAACUC